AUUUUGCGCCACUGCAGUGUAUACACUGUAACACUUUGCAGUUCAUACAGUUCAUUCAAACUACAAAUCAACCUGUUUGUCAUCUAUUUAAACUACAUUGUACUGCAGUUCUUGUUAGGGAGAAUACAGAUAUCAAGUUGAUCCUAGAACAUGCGUUCUCCUGGGAACAAGCUUCGCAAAGAUUUCAAAGACGUUUGAUGAUUCAGUUAAAAAUGAAAAAAUAAGGACUUCAGUGCAAACUACUGCCAUGCCGACAAACAGGGAGAUUAGAGAGAUGAAGAGGGUGGCAAUGGCGGAAAAAAGAAUAGCCAGGGAGAGAGCUAAGGAAUUUAAGAAAAUGCUAAGUCAGCAAGGCCUGGUAGAAUACAAAGGAGAAAUAAUCCCAAUUCGCGAAGCCAGGAAACUCUGGGGUCAGGAAGGGGCUAAACAUGGAUGGAAAGGGGCAUCACACGGAUGGAAGGGAGCCACGAAUGGAAGACUGGGGGCUAAACAUGGACAUAAAGGUGCAAAGUAUGGACAUAAAGGUGCUGAACACGGACUUAAAGGUGCUGAACACGGACUUAAAGGUGCUGAAAAUAGACUUAAAUCUGGAUGGAAAGGUUCAGAGAAUAUAGGGCAUGGAGUUGGCCACGAUUGGAUUCCGGGAAGGAACACUGAACAGCUUCUUGGCCACUGUAUUGGCGUAGACUAUGACGAUGGUGAAGAUGAGUCCGGUGGUGAGCGUCCUAGUUCAUCAGAUGAGGAACAGGGCAGUACAGCACAGAAGUACACGAUUCCUGUGUUGCCCGAGGGUGGACGUGAACAAGGUCUUAGGAUGGGAAAGAGGAAGAAGAGCCAAGAGUUCUCUGUUCUCUACGAACGAAAGGCGAAGCGUAGUCGAUCCUCCAUUUUGCAGGAGAACAAGGGUGUUGAAAAUCUAAGAUCUGAAACUACAAAAAAUUUACUUGUAAAUCCUGAGACUGGUCAAGUAUAUGAAAAGCACACCUGCAGUGUCUGUCUCAAGGUUUACGGAUCUUUAGCGGGUUUAAACAAACACACUGUGACCCACUCCGUGAAAUUAGAACACGAACCUGACGUCAAGCUACCAGAUGGUAUCAAGGUUAUCAAACAAGACCCAGAGAACGUGAGUUAUCUAAGAUCCCGGAAUGAAAAUAAGCCCCCGAGGAAACAAGGUCUCCGGGAGAGAAAUUCUGCACGAAACUCGCCUUCCCAGGAUAACGAAGCAAAACAUAAUUGCGAUCUAUGUAACAAAUCAUUCUCUCGUCCCAAGUAUUUGAAAAUGCACAAAGAAGCGAGUCACCUAGAUGAACCGAUAGUACCGGUCACGUGUCCAAAAUGUGAUGAAUUAUUUCUCUCCAAGGUUAAGCUUGACUCCCACCUGUAUGAGGAGCACUUUAAAACUGUCCCGGAGAAGGAUAUGUUUGGUCCGAGCUGUGGACGCUGUAUGCAUAUAUUUGAUACUAAACUUGAGCUUGUUCUUCACUAUGUAGAGUGCCUGGAGAAGGUUCCAGAACCUAGAACUUAUCCUUGUCAGUGUGGAAAGGAAUUCUCAGCUCCGAGGUUUCUAUCUAAUCAUUUUCUUAAUUGCAAAGCAAAGGGGGACCAGGAGAACAAGACUGUUCAAUCCGUCAGUUCCUCUCCGACCACUGAGUGGGAGUGUGAUGCGGAUAAUUGUGGAAAAAUAUUUGGCGAAUUUAUCAAAUUUAAAAAUCAUUUAUACACUCACUCCGAGAUACCCUUUUUCUGUCCUAGUGAGGGGUGCAAAGCAGGGUUUACGAUUAAGGAUGGUUUCAAAGAGCACAAUAGAAAAGAACAUAACUCCAAGCUCAAACUAUAUUCAUGUGUAAGCUGUACUGAAGAAUUUUCCUCCCAGGAGGAUCUAAUGAUCCAUGCUGAGCGAGAACAUGAGGACGAUGAUAGUUUUGAUGUUGUUGGAGAGCAUGGAGAUAUUAAUUCUGAUCAUCCCUGUAAACUGGACAAAUCUGAGUCCGAGCUUGUAACUCCGAGUGAACCAUCUGGAACCCUGACAUGUGAUUUAUGCGGAGAAUCCUUCUACCGAGAAAAACAAUUGUUAAAACACAUGAUGAACCAUGACAUCGAUAUUUUGAGUUGUCCUGUGCAAAAGUGUACCAGAUAUUUUUGUAAAAAGGAAACCUUUGAUGAGCAUCUAGCUGAGCAUACGACAGAGAAGGAUUUCCUGUGUACAGCAUGUAAUUACCAGUGUUAUAACUUUAGACAGCUGGAAUAUCAUCUCAACUCCGGGCAUAAGCUCAAACCCAAACCUGAUGAAUAUACUUCGGAGACAAAUCUAACCUGUCCGUAUCCGGGUUGUAUGAAGAGCUUUGUUCAAGAGAAAUGGUUGUACAAACACAGGAAAACAACGCAUUCCCAGUGGGAUUCCGACGAUGAAAGCUUGGAACCAACCGUGCACAUUGUAAAGACAACAAGGGGAAGGAAGAGCCGAGAAAGCAAGAAACCGGUGUAUACGAAAAUAAAGACGGAGAGGAAAAGUAUUGAAGCUGAGAGUUCUAGUGUUGAGAUUAAGAAGAAUGGAUGCUUGAGAACAAUUGAAACAAAUAUUCAAGAAGAAGGUGAAAAGGAAAUAGAAUUCUUCAGUUCACGUGACCAGGUCGGAGCGGAUAAGUCCAGCAAGAACGGAGAGAAUAUGGAGAAGGAUGGUUUACAGAUGAUCAGUAUUGUGGACUACUCUAACCAUGGUUUAGAACAGAGUGGUUCAGAGCAGGCGGAUUAUGUGAUCGUCAACGCAGUUUUCGAGAAUGGAGAAGGUGCAGGAUGCUCCUCCUAUGAUGAUAUUGCUGCUGAAGAACCAGCAAUCUCCAAUCCUGGAAGCCGGAAUAUAAAGCUGGAGGAAACUAGUCUACUCCAGGAUAUAAAGCAGGAAAAUAGUAGUCCUGCACCCUGUCUGUCCAGCUAUCCUCUGCAACCAAAUAUGAAAAUUAAAGAAGAAGUCACAGAUCCCAUGUAUCACUUGUUGAUAUCCCGGAAUGUGUGUCCUGAAAUAGGUGAUUUCUCAUCCAUGUUUGGAAUUACAGCGCAGUCUAUGCUGGAUCUGAAGAUACCCCGGAAACUGAAGACGGAUGAGGACAAUAUUGGGAAGGGAUUAGCAAUAGAUCUUCUCCAUCUUACAUCAAUUGGGAACCUACCUAAUACUAUACUAGCCAGGUUUGUAUCUGAGUUACUCCCGGUUAGAUUUCGUCCUGACGAGUCCGCGUUAAAUGAGGACGGAUCCAGGAAACUAGCGAAUAGGAUUUUAAAGCUGAGGAUUCAAGCAAGCAGGUUUAGAGCUAAAUACCAACAGUUUCCCAAGUAUCUGGACAAGUUUUUGGUGGAGAAGUUCUACCCCUUCUCUGAACCUUAAUAUGAAGAAUGGGUUUCUCAUGAAAAUGCGGAGUGUCAUGAACAUUUUAAACAGAGUUUAAACCAGAGCAAGCUUAAAAUAGAUAUAAUGUAAAACGAGAUAAUGUUGCUCGAGUGGUGGUUGGUGAACAAUCAAAUACUAGCCCUGUAUAUGCUGAAUAUUAUUAGUAUUCUCUCCUACUUUUAGACUGUAUUUACUAUCAAUAAGAUGCUGAUAUUUUGAAAAAGGGUUUUGUAUAAAAUCCCGGAAUAAAGACUUUUCCUGAUUUU